UCCUACCCAAGACAGUCUGUUAUCUAUUACUUCUGGAAAGCUAGAUUUGUGUAGGGCAGACAGCUGUUAUGCUUUAAUUUAUACAAGCCCUUAGAACCCUUCCUUACACUCAAGUAUGCGUGUUCAAGGAAUUCUUUUCCUUUUUGGACUUGGAGGUGCUUGUAUAGCAACCUUUACAGAUACAUGCUCCAGUUUAAGGCUUGAGGAUCAUGUGCUAUUUGCGAAGUGCCAGAGAUCAGACCACAGUUACCGCUUUGCACCCUUAAAUUUGAAUUCAUGCUUGGGUUACCAAAAUGGCACGAUUCAAAAAGGGUAAGAAUGAUACUGCAUCAUUGUGGUCUAUACUUAAUGUUUGCAGGAAAGAUGCGAUACGAAACUUGGGCUGUAGUUUCUGUUUACUUAAUGGAGCCCGGCUUCAGUGUAUGUGCUACAAAGGCAGAGGAGUUAUUGC